AAAAGAAGAAACUUUCCUUCUUCCUCCUGUCAAAUCCAAAGUCGCAAUCCCCAAUAGAUAGAGUUUAACAAAACUUCGCAUUUUUUUCCCGCUAAUCGAGAUUAUAGCAGAAUGGGAGAGCUGGCAGUGGAAAAGCACGUUAAGUUCAUUUUAACGAUUGAGAAGGAGAAGGAUAGUUUUGAAUCUGUCGUGAUGGAACAUAUCAGAUUGAAUGGUGCAUACUGGGCAUUGACAACUCUUGAUAUUCUAGGGAAGCUUAAUACAGUCGAUCAAGAUGAGGUCAUUUCUUGGAUGAUGCAGUGCCAACAUGAGUCAGGUGGUUUUGGUGGUAAUAUUGGACAUGACCCACAUCUGUUGUAUACGCUCAGUGCCAUCCAAGUUUUGGCUCUAUUCGACAAAAUAGAUGCACUUGACAUUGAUAAAGUGUCAACCUAUAUUGCUGGCUUGCAGAACAAUGAUGGAUCCUUUUCUGGUGACAUGUGGGGCGAGAUUGAUACUAGGUUCUCUUGUGUUGCAAUAUUAUCUCUUGCGUUGUUAAAACGCUUGGAUAAGAUUAAUGUGGAGAAAGCUGUGAAUUAUAUUGUGAGUUGCAAGAAUCUUGAUGGUGGAUUUGGAUGCACCCCUGGUGCGGAGUCUCAUGCUGGUCAAAUUUUCUGUUGUGUGGCAGCUCUUGCUGUGACUGGCUCUCUGCACCAUGUUGACAAGGAUCUCCUUGGAUGGUGGUUAUGUGAGCGACAAGUUAAAUCUGGAGGUCUAAAUGGUCGUCCAGAGAAGCUUCCUGAUGUCUGUUACUCCUGGUGGGUUCUUUCCAGCUUGAUCAUGAUUGACAGAGUUCACUGGAUUGACAAGGAAAAGCUUAUCAAAUUUAUCUUGGACUGUCAGGACAAGGAGAAUGGAGGAAUUUCAGACCAGCCAGAGGAUGCAGUUGAUGUCUUCCACACCUAUUUUGGAGUUGCUGGUCUUUCACUUCUUGAGUAUCCUGGACUAAAAGCUAUUGAUCCGGCUUAUGCCUUGCCAGUUGAUGUUGUUAAUAGAAUAUUCUUUGGCAGAUAGGUCUAAUUGAUAGAAUAGAAACUUCAAUACAUUAGCUAUGUGUUGGCAAACAUUCUGUCCUUAUAGGCCACAAAUGUGGACAAGACGCGCGCUUAUAAUCUGCUGAACUCUCUUGUCACAUGUUUGGUCUUUGAUGAAUUCCUGCCAAUUUGUUAGACAUGGAAAAAAGUUGUAUCCGUAAUCUUAA